AUGUCUGCCGAUCUGAAGCCCCUCCGCAUUGUCAUGGCCUGUGACGAGGCCGGCCAGCCCUACAAGGAGACCAUCAAGGCCGCCCUGGAGAAGAACCCUCUGGUCGAGUCCGUCACUGACGUCGGCGUCAACUCCACCUCCGACAAGACCGCCUAUCCUCACCCAGCCGUCGCCGGCGCCAAACUCAUCAAGGAGGGCAAGGCAGACCGGGGUCUUUUCAUCUGCGGCACCGGUCUCGGUGUCGCCAUCGCCGCCAAUAAGGUCCCCGGCAUCCGGGCCGUGACCGCUCACGACUCCUUCUCCGUGGAGCGCUCCAUUCUCAGCAACGACGCGCAGGUCCUCUGCUUCGGCCAGCGGGUCAUCGGCAUUGAGCUGGCCAAGAAGCUCGCCAACGACUGGCUCACCUACCGCUUCGACCCUAAGAGCGCCUCUGCCGCCAAAGUUCAGGCCAUCAGCGACUACGAGCGGGAAUUCGCUGCUGCUCACUUGAUGCAAAUAUUACUCUCCGGUAGUAUUGUCGCGGCAGAUAUUGCAACGUCAAUGAUGACCGGGACGGACUGCGUCGACUCGAAGAAUUGUGCAUCCUCGCAAAGCGAGAUAUCGACUCACCACUUCACCUACUGCAAUAUAUCCGAUCGCUCAACGGACAUGUCCUUCGAACUGAAAGAGAAGGGCAACCAGCUCUUCAAGGAAGGCGACUACAAUGGUGCGGAGGAGCUCUACUCUCAAGCUAUCCAGAAGAACCCGCGCGAACCCACCUUCUUCACCAACCGCGCCCUCACCCGGAUAAGGCUGGAGAAAUGGGCCGGCGUGGAACACGACGCGCGCGCCGCGAUCGAGCUGUACGGCCCCAAGAACCCCUCCAGCCUCAAGAGCUGCUGGUACCUUGCGCAGGCGCUCCUGGGCCUCCAGCGCCCGCAGGAGGCGUACGAGGUGGCCAUCGAUGCCUACCGGGCCAGUCUGGCGGCUAAGAGCGCGCAGACGGAGAACCUGUCCAAGACGGUCCUGCGGGCCAAGCAGCAGAUCUGGGCUGCGAAGGAGACUGCCCGGCUGCGGGAGAUGAAUGCCACCCUGGCGACGGUGGAGGCCUUGGUCGAGGCCGAUCUCAACAGGGAGGUUGCGGAGCUGCAGGCGAGACUGGACAAGGGCGAGAUCGGACAGACGGGGUUCGUGGAGGACCAGAAGGCGCUCCGUGCGGAUGCGGAGAAGAAUAUCCAGAAUGUCCGGGAGGCGUUCCGGAUUGCGUCGAAUGGAGAUGUCCAGGAGAGGGUUGUGCCCGAUUACCUGAUUGACGGCAUCACGUUUGAGAUCAUGCAUGAUCCCGUCGUCACACCCUCCGGGACCAGCUUCGAUCGCAUCGGAAUCCUCAAAUACGUCGAACAGUCCGGCGUUGACCCCAUCACCCGGGUGCCCAUGACCGUCAACGAUCUUCGGCCCAACUAUGCGCUGAAAGCCGCGUGCGAGGAGUUUCUCAACAAGAACGGCUGGGCUGUGGACUGGUAG